UACUGAUAAUAUCGGAACAGGCAGCUCUCGGGACACCCCGGGUAGAGAUGGCGGCGCUCAGAUUGUGUAGUGGUGUCCUCCGCAUUGCUUACAGAGGUGGUGUUUCUGUGCAUUCGGUAAGAAGUGGCUGUCAGUACAACCUGGGCUGUGCUUCUCAAGUUUAUUGUUAUGUGUCAACAUUUCAAAGCUUUACAAUUCAGCAAACCAGAAAUAGCAGCAAUUUCUUCAACAAAUUGACAGCAGAUGAACUUUGGAGAGGAGUCCUGGCGGAUAGCGGAGCAGGUGCUCGAAAGGGUAGAGGAAAAAGGACAAAGAAAAAGCUAAAGAAAGAUCUCAACCGUGGGCAGGUCCUUGGGGAAGGGAGAUCUGGAUUUCUUUGGCCAGGCCUGAAUGCACCUAUAGUGAAAGCUGUAACAACCCAGUCCAUUGGAAAGAGAGAUCAAGCUCAGCAGGAGCAACUGCACGCCGACCUUAUAAAGCAAAGGGAUGAGUGGGAUAAAAAACGCAAUACAAGAAUUAAACGUGAGAGAGGCUGGACUGGAAACAGUUGGGGAGGAAUCAGUAUUGGUUCUCCAGACCCAGGCCCUAACGGUGAAACAUAUGAAGAUUUUGACUGCCGGGUGAUUGAGGUAAAAAAUGUGUUCAACAUGACUGCUAAGGAAGGACGGAAGAAAACUGUGAGCGCAUUGGUAGCCAUAGGAAAUGGCAAUGGAGUGGCUGGAUUUGCCAUUGGAAAAGCCGCUGACAGAAUGAUAGCUCUCAGAAAAGCAAAGAACAGAGCUGUUCAUUAUCUGCAUUAUAUAGAGCGAUACAACGAUCAUACAAUAUACCAUGACAUAACAUCCACAUUCAAAAGGACAUCUUUACGAAUGAAGAAGCAAAACUUUGGUUACGGUCUGCAUUGCCAUAGGGCAAUAAUAACCAUCUGCAAAUUAAUUGGUAUUCAAGAUAUGUAUGCAAAAGUGUCUGGAUCAGUCAAUCUUCUUAACCUAACAAGGGCACUCUUCCUUGGAUUAUCUAAACAGGAGACCCAUCAAGAUCUGGCAGAUAAGAAAGGACUUCACGUGGUAGAAUUUAGAGACGAAUGUGGCCCUCUUCCUCAUAUUGUUGCCUCACCUCAGGGAGCCCUUCGGACUGACCCAGAGCCUGAAGGAGAUGUACCAGAUACCAAAUUAGACUGGAAUGAAGUAAAAGCUGCACAAGGGAUGAAAAAGUCUGUCUGGGCCAAUGUGAAAAGGACAUCUUGGUGAUUUGAAAUUCCUACAAUCCACAAAUAGAUGUCUGGAAAUUCACACCGAAAGCAAGUUUGAUAAUUUUGUAAUCUAUAUUCCUAUUGCAUUGAAACAUCACAAUGUUUCUUUUCAUCUGUGUCUCACGUGGAGAAAUGCAAAUGAUGUACUAUAGUAUAUGAUGAAGAAUGUGUAUUAUAAACCAAACCAACCAUCCAAGAUACUUUGAACUGUCUAAAACUGUUUAUUGCUACAGAUUUGUGUAAUCUACCAAUAAUCCUUUAAUAUAAAUGUGUAUUUGCCGGAGACAUGUUGCUGCUUCAAACAAAAUAAAGUUUUUCAA